AUGGACAUCGACGCUCGCAUCAAAGCGUACAAGUUCGUUGCCUAUUCGGCUGUCACCUUCUCUGUGGUGGCUGUUGUCUCCGUGUUUAUCACGUUGCCAAUGGUCUACAACUACGUCAACAAUGUGAAGAAACAGAUUCACACUGACGUCAACUUCUGCAAGGUUUCGGCUCGUGACAUCUGGAGCGAGGUUCAUCUUAUCAAGGAUGCACCAAGCAACAACACUCGUGUCGCUCGUCAAGCCUACAACACUGGAGGAGCUGGAGGAGGCGGAGGAGGAGGAGGCUGCGACGGAUGCUGCAACCCUGGACCACCAGGACCAGGAGGAUCUCCAGGAAAGCCAGGACGUCCAGGAAAGCCAGGAGCUCCAGGAGCCCCAGGAAACCCAGGAAAGGGAGCAUCCGCCCCAUGUGAGCCAGUCACUCAGCCACCAUGCCAACCAUGCCCAGGAGGACCACCAGGACCAGCCGGACCAGCCGGACCACCAGGACCACCAGGAGAGGAUGGAGCCCCAGGAUCCCCAGCCGGACCAUCAUCCCCAGGACCAGCCGGACCACCAGGACCAGCAGGACCAGCCGGAAACGACGGAGCCCCAGGAGCCCCAGGAGGACCAGGAGAGCCAGGGGCGUCUGAGCAAGGAGGACCAGGAGAGCCAGGACCAGCUGGACCACCAGGACCAGCCGGACCAGCCGGAAACGACGGAGCUCCAGGAACCGGAGGACCAGGACCAGCCGGACCAAAGGGACCACCAGGACCAGCUGGAGCCCCAGGAGCCGAUGGAAACCCAGGAGGACCAGGAACCGCCGGAAAGCCAGGAGGCGAGGGAGAGAAGGGAAUCUGCCCCAAGUACUGCGCCAUCGACGGAGGAGUCUUCUUCGAGGACGGAACCCGACGCCGCUAA